GAUUUUCUCAGAACGUUACGACUAGCGAAAAUGCGAACCUCGCUUUUGAGUUUUUGACAAAAAUAAAUGAUAAAACAUGAAAAAGGGCACUGAUAAAAAUAAGUACACAUGAAUAAGUAUUGAAAAAUUGUAGUGAUCAUUUUGUGUUGAUAAAAAUUUCAAACUAUGGCUAUUGUGUUGAAAUCACUGUCUGUUUUGUUAGGAUUGUUUUUUAUUUUUGUUGGUUUCAUCAAACUGACAAGUUUCAUUUCUAAGGAUUUACACAAAGAUCUGAGGAAAGAGUAUGUUAGAUACGCCAAAGUGUUUCCAUUUACGGAAAUGUUCGACUUUAAAGUACCAUCUAAAUGGUAUAGAAGAGUUGUUGGAACCAUGGAAAUUGUUUGUGGAGUUGCAUUGGCAUUUUACCCUCACCAUAAAGUGAAAAAUGGGGCCAAUGUUAUCCUCCUCCUCAUGACUUUGAUUGCGGUGUACUCACAUUAUAUGGUGGCAGAUAAAAUGGAAAGGACUGCACCAGCACUGGUUUUCCUGUUCAUGCUUUGUGGUCGUCUGGUAGUUUACUACCAAAUCUCCAAGAGCGCAAAUGUGGAAGAACCAACUGCCAAUGGAUAUAAUAAACAAGACUAAAUAAUUGUAGCACAAUAUUUUUUUUUAUUAAAUUCUUUAUUUUUUUUUUUCGGUUGGCAUCUGUUUGUGGUAUAAAUGUAUUUUAUUUUAGUUUCUUAAGUUUCCUUGAAGGGGAUGUGCGUUAAUAUUUAAGAAUUAUAUAUUUCUUAGUACAUAACAGUCAAUAUUUCAAGCGAAAAAAUAUUAUUCAUUCUGUCAUUUGAGCCAGUUUUCUAUGGAAGUAAAUUAUUCCUAGUUUUGUAUUUGUAGAGACCUCAGGAUAUUCAGCAAUAUUCUACUAUUUAAUAAUGUUUCUUCGGAAUUUGAUAAUAAAAUAAUAUAGAGAAUUAAGACAAAGGAAAAAUUCAAAAUUCCAAUUCAUUGUUGUCUCGACUAUAUUGAUCAGAUAUUCUUGAAUGAAGGCCAAAAUACUUAUUGGAAACAAUUCAAUUGGUCAUAAGUGAAGAAUUUUUCUUAGUAUGGAAAACUGAGAGCAUUGUUCCAAAAUUUUUAUAGAAUUUUUUACUAGGAUCGAAAUAAGGUUUAGGAUUAAGAACGACAAAUAAUUCAUGAUAAACAAAAAAAUUAUUUCUCAAUCACAUUUUCAGUCAGUUUGUUCCAUAUCAAUUCACAAAAAACUAUUAAAUUUGCCCGUAUUUAAUUGAGACAGUGAAUUUUUUUGGUAGUAAAUAAUUUUGUGUUCUCUAACAUAUUGAAUGAAAAAAAGAAACAAUAUUGUGCCUGUUUAUGUGGAAUAGGUAUCUUUUUGAAUUCAAUACCAAAACUAAUACAACAACCACAAUACAACGAUAAACUAAAGAGAUUCUCCAAAAUGAUAGUAAAAAAUAAAUAACUGAAAAAAAGCAAUGAUGAAGUACAAAAUAUAAAGGAAUUAAACUGGCGCACAAUUUUUUUAUAAACAUAUAUUAUAAUGUCAAAGUAAUUAACAUAAUUGGAAUGUGUUAUUCUUCUGAAAUAUGUGAUUUCAUAUUGUUUCCUACUCAAACAAAUCAAAUUUCACCAUGAAAUUGAUUUCAUGGCAUUCAGACAAUUUUUCAACUCUGAAAAAAGUACCUUCUCGAGCGGGACUCGAACCCGCAACCUCCGAAUUACCAGUUCGGUGCUGUAGCCAACUGAGCUCAGUUGGCUAGAGCAGGUAGAGGAGGUCCUUUUUUCAGAGUUGAAAAAUUGUCUGAAUGCCAUGAAAUCAAUUUUAUUUAUUAACACACAGACGUUAAACGAUUUUUCACGUAAUUUUCACCAUUCUGAGAAAAUGUUUCAAAUAUGUUAUUCGCUUAUAUUGUUAUUUCUCAAUUAUUGUUACUGACACCUGUAACAACUGCUGUUCAGAACAUAAAUAAUUUGUACAUAAUGAAAUUAAAACAUCUGUAUAUCCUAAUAAGCUAGUAAGAUGUAUAAUUGAAUUCAUUUGAAGAAAGAGAAGUAAAAUUUCUAUUGUGUAGAACAGUCUGUAACCUCAAACAUUAUAGAUUUGAACAAGUCUUGUAAGGUGAAUAAAGCCACUAAACAUUUUUGUGUUUUCAAGCGAUAAAAUAUUGAUUUUCCUCGAAUGAAUCAUCUCACUGCCAUUAUGUAUCAUUCAUCAAGAAAAUAUAUUAUUGAGAAUA